CAUUUUUGUAGUACCGGGGUAUAUACUUGGGGUAACUUGGGGUCCUUCGACGGCGAUAACCUUACCAUGUCCAUGUCCAUGUCAAGUUUGCAUGCGGCUGCAGGUAAUUCUUCAUUUCAUGCCGCCGCUUUACAUAAUCAUAAUAAAUGUAGAAAGCAAUGAAUGGCAAAUCUAUUAGCAUAACAUCGCAUAAAACAAUAACAAAUAUCUGCGUCGUCGUCACCGUCAUCGUCAUCGUCAUCGUCAUUUGGGGCACUUGGCGCUACGUGGUAAUCCGAUUGAAAUCAGUUGCAUUGGAGCAGUUGAAGCAGUUAAAGCAGUUGAAUCGCAAUGAACAUCUGGAAGGCAAAAGUGCUCACCGAGGUGCCGUUUGGUCAUGUGCUCAUCGUCAGCGGCAAAGUCAAACCUCACCCCAAUAAAAUAUCGCUGGAUCUGACUGACAAUGUGAAUGCGGAGAAUGAGAGUGAAACGGUUUUCCUGAAGAUCGAGGCGAAUUUUCGAGAGGGACAAAUCAUAAGGAGCAUGUUUCAGCCGGGCGAGGGCUGGAAACAGGAGGAAAUAUCCAAGAACUGGAAGUGUGAUGGGCCAAAGAAUCCUUUGGUGCCAGGACAAUGCUUCACCUUUCGCGUUGCCGUCUUGCAGCGUUGCUUUGAGAUCUAUGUGAAUGAUCAGCUCUAUGGAUCCUUUGAGUUUGUCAAGUUUCCCAAGCAAAUCAAUUUUGUGCGCGCCUAUGGAGAUUUCGAGAAGAUCACACAGUUCCAUCAUCGCAUGCUCUUCCCAUUGGUCUUUCCCCGUAGUCUCAUGUGUGUCGAUCGUGUUGCCUUCCAGAGCGAUGUUCCACGGCGCUACGAAACCGGCACCGUGGUGGCCAUGGAAUGCAUUGCCAAAGGACCGCCCACCACGGAGUUCUCCAUCUGUUUCCAGUGCAACGAUACGGGUCGCAUGGUGCUCAAGUUUCACGUCAAUUUCGACAAAACGACCGUUUCGCGGAGUUAUCAGCGUGAGGACAACAGCUUUGCCAGCGACGAUGAGGAAACCGAGGGCGAGUUUCCCUUUGUGCGUGGAAAACUCUUCAAGAUUGCCUUCGGCAUUGGCGACCGUUCGUUCCUCAUUGCGGUCAAUGGACAAUAUUUCACUUACUACAAUUUUCCGGUACGCCCGUUUUCCAUCUCAACGCUCAAGUGCUUUACCAAUGAUGUAGGUGACUUUGCCGUGAGGAGUCUUGAAUAUCAUUCAGAUUCCCCGCUACUCUCACGCGUGGAGAAGCUAUCCAUCAUCUAAAGGAGCUGAGAUCCUUGUCAGAUCACGCUGUUAUCGUAGUUGCAAUCGUUGGAUUUUUCUUGUUCACCAGUUAAACCAGUUAAAUAUAUGUACGAACUCAGAUCUCCCUAAAAAAA